GGAGGCAGAGGAAAAGAUGCUCUAAUACUGAGUGGUCUCUGCAGCAGCAAGGACUGUAUCGACUGGUCUCUGACUCUGGUUGAUCUGGAUUGCAGGCCUGACAAUGUGGGGCUGCUUUCUGGCUUACAGGUGUCAGCAGAGGACGAGAGCAGGAGGCACCGAGGAGGACCAAGGAGGAGCCAGGAGGAGACUGCCCAAACUGAAGAUCCCUGCAAAGAUCUGGAAGAACCGCAAACAGCAGAACAACAAUAAAGACAAUGAGGUGGACUGUGUGGAGGAGGUGCAGCAGGAGGUGCAGCAGGAGAAGGAGGAACAGCUGGAGGACAUCAGCAGGAGGCUGAUCAUCAGGGAGGAGGAGCUCUUCAGUCAGGACUCCCCCAGUGAGGAGGAGGAGGACCAGCUGCAGAAAGACUUUGAGGAUCUGAGACUCCAGAUAUGUAUGGCCAUCCACAACACCUUCACCCCAUCCUCCUCCACCGAACAUCUGGAGGUCCUGAGGAGCGCCGUGGCCUCCAUCCAGCAGCAGGAGGUGCAGGACAGGCGUUGGGUAGACUGCUCACAAGACCAAGUCCCUCGGUGGCGUCCUCAGAAGUGUCUCAGUACUCACAACAUCCUGCUGCAGAACAUGGUGGAGUCCAGACUGACGAAGGUUGCAGAGGACGACUCGAGUGGAGGCGAUAAACUGUCCUCAGCUGUGAAGAGGCAGGUAUGUCGAAUGGGGAAGUGUGUGAAGGAGGACCUGCUGUCGGUGGUGAGGACCAUCAAGGACUGUUACCCUCCACAGAUGGACAUCCUGAAUGUCUACGCUGGCCUCUACCAUCGAAGUUUCUCUGCUCGGCUGACUGAACUCGCUGCCUCUGGACUGGAAACAGAAGACUGCAGCUACCUACUGUUCUGGGUCAACCACUACUAUCCACAUGAAAUUCUGAAACAUGAAGAACUGGAUGGACAGAUAAAGACGGCCUGUCUGGGUUCUCUGCUGCUGAAGGGUGACCUGAACCGGCUGGAGGAGCAGUACCUGGUCCACAAAGAGGACAAGGUGAAGCUGUGGCUGAACACGGCUCUGAAGAAGGAAGAGGAGAGCUGGCUGAACGGCAGAACACCUGAACUCAUCGACUGUUACUACUUCAGUCCGCUGGCUGUUGACGUCAUACAGGUGACUGACAGCAGCCUGACAGAGUUCAACUGUGCCAUCAAAGACCAGAGCAAAACUAAGAGGCUCACAGUUCACCUGGAGAACUUCCUCUGCAGCUAUAAGAAGUGUGUGGAGGAGUUUGUUAAGGGAAACCACAGUAAUGUCCGCCCAGUGAUCAAAGCUCAGCUGGUCUGUGAGCAGCAGCUCAGGGAUUACAUCACAGGUCAAACAGAACGUCUGUCUGAGGAGCAGAGAUGCCGCUGCCUGGGCAUUCUGUCUGCCCUGAGGGAUUGUGGGUACAGUUGUUUCACCUUGCCUCUUAAGGUCCACCUGAAGGUGUGUUUGAGUCAGCUGUGGACGUCGACCUGGGUGGACGGCACACUUCCAGUCGUCGAUUCUCUGCUGGACUCUCUGAACCAACAACUGGCUGACCUGAUCGACCUGAAGCCAGACUGCAGACAGUCCCUGCUGUAUGUCCUCCAUCAGGACGUGGUCCUUCAGUAUGUGAAGAGGAUGUUACAGAGCAGGAUGAAGAGCAAAGAGCAGCAAAUGGCCGGAGCUCAGCGGAUGAUUGAAGACUCUCAGAAGAUCGACAGCUUCUUCACAGAGGAGGGCUGCAACGAGGACUCAUGGCUUGGUGUGAUGCUCUGCCGCCUCGCUGAGAUUAUCCGUCUGCAGGAUCCUGCAAGUGUUCACCUGGAGCUCAUCAGUCUGGUCCAGAGCUUCCCUGACCUCAGUGACAUUCACAUUUUGGCGCUGCUGUCUCUGAAAACUGGCCUUUCAGCUGCUAACGUUCGCUCUAUCAGGAAAAGCGUGGAGGAGAACCGUCUUCUCGUUGCCUCCACUAAUCACAGUCCUCCGUUCUUCUCCAAAGUGAAAGUCAAAUGGAUCAAUAAAAAAAUCAAUCAGAUGGGUCUUAAAACCUAAAUGAUUUAAGUACUUUAGCAACUUAGCGUGUCAAUGACUGAGCAUGUUAGCAAAGUCACUCUGCAUUCAGUUAGUGCACAGUGUUUUACUGUGUGUGAUUCUUCUAUCUGCCACAUUGUGUUACUGCUUUAUGAUGGUACUAAAAUAUAGUCAUUUUAUGAAACAUGUUGCUGUGGUUACAGGUGGUCUUAUUGAAGGAUAGACAACAUAGUAAACCUUUAUUAAAAUGCUUAAAUCUCAUACAAAGACCUCUGCACUCAAUGUCAGAUCCAGUCUGGUGUUCCUCAGGGUUCAGGCCUGGAUCCUCUGUUGUUUACAUUGCCCAUGCUUUUUCAUUGAGAAACUAUUAAUAUCAAUGAUGAAAAUGAGGUUAAACUUUUAUGCUGAAACCAUGUGUGUAACUUCAUUGGCUAACUCAUUUCUAUAGCUUUCUGUGAAAUGUUUUUUUCUGUGGAACAAAAUACAUGAUACAUAAACUCAAAGUGAAGGAUAAAAGACAGUGGCAGAUUGUUAAAAAGUUAGACAUAUAUUAUGUCAAAGAGUAAAACACAAUUGUGUAAUGAACCUGACAGUUAGUGUGUUGGAGAAAUUGGCUGUAAUCAGUGAGUCACCUGAUUGAUCUCUGAUACCAAACUCAGUUCAAUAAAUAUUGGCUUCAGUGGA